AUCUCUCGUCUCUACUCCUCCACCUACCCACCACUCGCGCUCUUUCUUUCCACCACAGCUUCCUCUACUUCGAAUUGCAGGUCACCAUGUCGGACUUCAAAGCACCACCUGUACCAGGCGCGGACGACAAGCUGGCCUCUGGCCAGGAUGCCUUCGCCAGUAGCAGCGGAGGCGUGGACCAUCAGACCUCGGAUGACGAUUUCAAUCUCGGAGGCGGUCCGAGCCAUUCGAGUCAGAAGAGGCCCUUGAAAGCUCCACCUGCUGGCGAUGCACUGAUCAAAGUGCAGCCUCUGAAGAAGGCAGACAUGCAGCCGUCUUACGCUCAGGACCUGGGCUUGCAAGACGUCGAGCACGGUUUCUACGGCUCCAUGAUCAAUGGGCUCGGAGCAUGCGCCGGCUUCUUCGGCCAGCUGCCGUGCUGCUUCUGCUUCCCCAACCCUUUCAAGGAGGUCAAUCAAGGAAGCGUUGGACUCGUCUCGCGCUUCGGUCAAUUCUACAGGAGUGUCGACCCAGGACUCGUCGCCAUCAACCCUUGCUCUGAAACUUUGCGCAUUGUCGAUGUCAAAAUCAAUCUGAGUGUGCUGCCUCGUCAGACGGUCAUGACCAAAGACAACGUGACCAUCGACAUCGAAGCAGUCUGCUACUGGCACGUCACCUCCCCAUACCGCGCCGCAUUCGGCGUCGGCGACGUUCGAGCUGCCCUCAUUGAGAGGGCGCAGUCCACUCUGCGGGACGUCGUGGGCAGCAGAACCCUUCAAGCUCUCAUUACCGACCGCGAAGGUGUGGCUGUGCAAGUCGAAGAGAUCGUAGCUGGCGUUGCUGAGAAGUGGGGUGUCUCGGUGGAGGCUAUCCUGAUCAGAGACUUGCUCUUCAGCAAGGAUCUCGAGGCAUCGCUCAGCUCCGCUGCCACGCAGCGCAGAAUCGGUGAAUCCAAGGUUGUCGCUGCUCGCGCCGAAGUGCAGAGCGCCAAGCUCAUGAGACAGGCAGCAGACGUGCUUGCUACUCCUGCUGCUAUGCAGAUCCGCCAGCUCGAAUCUUUGCAGGCCAUGGCCAAGACAAGCGGAGCGAAGACGAUCUUUGUGCCCAUGAACUUGAUGGGCGGCGAGUCGGCCAUGUCCAACUUGGCCACCACGCAGCAGCUGUCCAGCAUCUGA